CGCCUCUCCCCAAUUGAGAUUCCCAUACUGUCCCACACUGUGCCCUCCUCAUCUCUUCCCAUCACUCUGGUCUGUGGGUCCCAGAGAAUUUCCCUGGUGGUCGCCCAUCUUUAUCUCUCUCCCUCUGGACUGAGGGCUCCCACGUCCCACCUGGCCUCCCGUACAAUCACGCUGAUCUGAAGGCACCUACCUACCUGCAGCUUUUCAUUCGUUGACGCUUUUCUUGGGACCCGGCUCAAGAUGCCAGAGCCCACAAAGAAAGAUGAGAUGUCCAAUGGUGAAAAAGAACAACCGGUAGAGACUGAGGGGAAGGAUCCACAGCCCAUAGAGGUGCUUAAGCCUGUACAGCCAGAACCAGUAGAGAAUGGGUCUAAAGAACCAGAACCAGAGGCGGUUGUGGUCGGGGCUAAAGAGCAAGUCGAGUCUGUGAACUCUGAAGUAAAGGAGGAGGCCCCGUCCCCUUGCUCACCCCCACCGCCUGCAAGCGUGAAGGAGGAAGCAGAGCCAGCUGUUACGGAGGUUACCCAACCGUCAGAGCCUGUUGUUACAGUGAUUACCCCACCACCACCAUCACCACCCCCACCUCCACAACCAGUUGUUACGGUGCAGGUUACCCCACCCCCACCAGAUAAAGAUGAUGACGCUACAACCAACACCCCAUCACCACCGCCCCCACCAGAGGAUGCCAAUACAGUCAAGAAACUCUCUAUUGAGCUGCCUAAUGAUAGUGUCCAUGUGUCAGCCAUGGGGAGAAAAGACUCAGUGUGGUCUCUGGGAGAGGGACAGGCUCCAGAGGACCUUGACAAGCCCGUAGACACCCCACCGCUGUCCAGCCUGCUCAUAGAAAGACCCCAGGGCGGAUCCAUCACUGUGGGUGGAGACAUCUCCUUUGUUGCCAAGGUGGAGGCCCAAGACCUGCUCCGUAAACCCACCAUCAAGUGGUUCAAAGGGAAAUGGAUGGACCUGGCCAGCAAGACCGGAAAGCACUUACAACUGAAAGAAACCUUUGACCGACGCACCAAGAUUCACACAUUUGAGAUGCAUAUCAUCAAGGCCAAAGACAACUAUGCUGGAAACUACAGGUGUGAGGUCACCUACAAGGACAAAUUUGACAGCUGUUCCUUUGACCUGGAAGUGAAAGAACUGGAACAGUCACAGAGUGUUGAUAUUCGAUCAGCCUUCAAAAGAAGCAGUGAAGGACACGAGGAUGCAGGGGAUCUUGACUUUAGUGGUCUUCUUAAACAUAGGGAGCCCAAGCAGGAUGAGACGCCCGAAGUGGACGUGUGGGAGAUCCUGAAGUUGGCCAGGCCAGACCAGUAUGAGAAGAUCGCCUUUGAGUACGGCAUAACAGACCUGCGGGGUCUGCUCAAGAGGCUGAAGAAGACCAAGAAAGAGGAGAAGAAGAGUGAAGCUUUUGCCAAGAAGUUGGAUCCAGCGUACCAGGUGGACAAAGGAGGGAAGAUCCGCUUAGUGGUGGAUCUUGCAGACCCCACAGUAGAGCUGAAAUGGUACAAGAACGGCCAGGAGAUCCGUCCAACUCCAAAGUUUAUCUUUGAGCAAAAAGGCACACAGCGGAUCAUGGUCAUCAACAACUGUGGCCUGAAUGAUGACGCGGCCUAUUCCGUAGCCGCGGGAGAAGAGAAGUGUACCACCGAGCUCUUUGUCAAAGAGUUACCAGUGAAGAUUACUAAAGAGAUUGAGGCUGUGAAAACAACAGUGAAUGAGAGAAUUGAGUUGGAGUGUGAAGUGUCUGAAGAAGGAGCUCAAGUAAAAUGGUGUAAGAACGGUGUGGAGGUCCCGACCGGUCCCCGGUCACGCUACCGUGUCAAGUCUGAGGGGCUGAAACACUGGCUAAUCAUUGACGAUGCCUCAAAGGAGGACAGCGGAACCUUCUCCCUCAUGGCCUCUGGGGGAACCUCUGAAGCCAAAGUCCAGGUUGAAUUGAAGCCACUGAAGAUUAUUCAGGAUUUGCAGGACAUGACAGUGCUUUUGGGCCAGCCACUGAAGAUGCACUGUGAGAUCUUCCCUGGGAAUGUUGCAGGUCGUUGGUACAGGAACGGACAGCUGAUCCAGUCCAACGACCGCAUCAACAUCCUGCAAAGAGCCAAGAACCACCGAUUAGAAAUUGUGAACAGUACCAUUCACGAUGCCGGGGAUUAUACCUUUGUGCCAGAGGGAUACUCUCAGAGCCUCUGUGCCAAAGUUCAUAUCGUUGAUCCUCCCAGGGUGCACCUGGAUAGCUUGAACUUCCCUGACAACACGGUGACCAUUGUGGCAGGAAAUAAACUCCGCGUGGAGAUCCCCAUCAGUGGAGAACCAGCACCCAGAGUGGUGUGGAUGAAGGGAGAGAGGGUAAUCCUUGACUCGGGCCAACGUAUGCGAGCUGAAACCUUCUCGGACCACACCAGCCUCACCAUCGACAUCGCAGAGAAGGAAGACACAGGAAACUACAAGAUAGUCCUGCAGAACGAGGCUGGUGAAGCAGGGGCUAGCAUCAAAGUCAAGGUGGUGGAUAUCCCAGACCCUCCUGAAGUUCCCCUAGUCACGGAGGUGGGAGGAGACUGGUGCUCUAUGACAUGGGAACCCCCGAUCUAUGACGGAGGCUCACCCAUCUUAGGCUACUUCAUCGAAAGGAAGAAGAAGCAGAGUUCCAGAUGGAUGAGGCUGAACUUUGACCUGAACAAAGAGACCACAUUUGAGCCUAAAAAGAUGAUUGAGGGUGUUCCGUACGAGGUGCGCGUCUUUGCUGUGAAUGCCAUCGGCGUGUCCAAACCCAGCGACCCAUCCAAAGCCUUUGUGCCUCUGGCUGUGACCAGCGAGCCCACCAUGCUGGUGGUGGAUGAUGUCACAGACACCACGGUGACCAUGAAGUGGCGUCCCCCAGACACCAUCGGAGCUGCAGGCUUAGACGGCUACCUGGUGGAGUAUUGCAUCGAAGGAACUGAUGACUGGAGAGUAACCAAUAAGGAGCUGACAGAGAAGACUAAGUACACCAUCACUGGCCUCCCUCCAGAGGCUAAGAUCCUGGUAAGGGUAAGGGCCAUCAAUGCUGCCGGCGCCAGCACUCCCAGAACACUUCAGCACUCUAUCCUGGUCAAAGAGGUCAUCGAACCACCUAAGAUCCGCAUCCCCCGUCACUUGAAGCAGACAUACACUCGUAAAGUCGGAGAAGCCGUCAAUCUCGUUAUUCCAUUCAUGGGCAAACCCAGGCCAAAGGUAAGCUGGCUGAAGGAGGGCCAGACGGUGGACCCCACACAGGUCACUAUCCGCAACACAGACUGUGACAGCAUCAUCUUCAUCCGCAAAGCAGAGAGGAAGCACUCUGGGAAGUACGAUAUGAAGGUGGAGGUGGAGAACCACGUGGACACGGCCAUCGUAGACAUCCAGAUAGUAGACCUCCCAGGGCCUCCACAGUGUGUGAAGAUAGAUGAGGUCUGGGGGGGAAACGUGGCUCUGGACUGGACCCCUCCAAAGGACAAUGGCAAUGCCGCCAUUACAGGCUACACCAUCCAGAAAGCAGACAAGAAGACCAUGGAGUGGUACACGUGUAUUGAGCACUACCACCGCACCUGCAUCACCAUCACCGAGCUGGUGGUGGGGAACGAGUACUUCUUCAGAAUUUACUCUGAGAACAUGGUGGGUCUGAGCGAGGGUGCCACCCAGACCAAGGACAGUGCCCUCAUCGUUAAAGAAGGCAUGCAACUGAAGAACCCCGAGUACAUCGACCACGACUUCAACGAGCCUCCCAAGUUCACCCAGCCCCUCAUCAACACCUUCGCCAUCGCUGGCUACAACGCCACCCUCAACUGCAGCGUCCGCGCCAACCCACGGCCCAAAGUGAUUUGGAUGAAGAAUAAGAUGGCCAUCAUUGACGAUCCGCGCUACCGCAUGUUUAGCAACCAGGGGGUCUGCACCCUGGAGAUCCGGAAACCCAGCCCCUACGACGGGGGCAUGUACUCCUGCAAGGCCAUUAAUGACCUGGGUGAUGCACUAGUGGAGUGUAAGCUGGAGGUUAAAGGGGGCUUUACCUUCUCUGAGCUCAUGCAGCGGGGAGUGCCUUUACACCUGAUUGAUAAGUACAUGAGCGAGACCAAGGCCGUGGAGCAGCCAGAGAAGUAGUCGGACUGAGCAACCUCUGAUAUGCCUAGGCUGCCCGGAAACCUGUCGUCACACCACUAGUGAUCUGCCUCUCACCAGCAGUCGAGGGAGGGGCUGGAGGGGAAGGGAGGGAUGUACUGAACUUUGGCAUGGCAUGCUGUGUGCGGGUAUGGAGCUAGUUACCAUAGAAGAAGCCAAUUCAUCACCAGCUUUGAGUCAUCUCCUAGUAUUCAGAAGGCUCUGUUUAAGCUCAGUUGCAUGUUGGCAGUGUUUUGGCUGUAGCUUUUUAUUUUAGAUGAGUAGUGCGGGAAAUGUACAGUAGGAUGAACUGUAAUUUCCAUUUAUCUGGACAUGUUUUGUCUCUGUUGGGAUUGGGAUUGGGAACUGUGUUUGGGGGAGGGAGCUAAUGUUGAAAUGUAUAAACAAUAUGGCUGUUAUGCAAUGUCUUGUGAUUAAAGAUUGAACUUCAAAAGAUACAAAUAUUAAAA